AUGGUUCAGAAGCGAGCCGCUGAUGAGUCGGGCCUGUCGCCAGGCCCCGGGAAGAAACACCGUGUUGCCGCCGCGCUCGCCGCGCGAGGCGCGGCCGCGCUCGCGGGCGCGCCGCUGGGCGCGGCCGCGCACGCCUGGGCGCUCAAGGCGGCGUACAAGGCAGUCGAUGCCGAGCUGACGCGCGCGGGCGGCGCCCGCAUGUGCGGGUCAACGGCGGUCGCGGCAGUGGUGACGGACAACGCGAUUUACAUGGCCAACUGCGGUGACAGCCGCGCGGUGUUGGUGCGCGGCGACAAGGCGCUCCCCCUCACAUUGGACCACGCGCCCACGCGGCGCGACGAAUGGGAGCGCGUCCGCAGGGCCGGCGGCGCCAUCCUGUGGGCCAAUGGCUGGCGCGUCGCGGGGUCUCUGUCUAUGACCCGCGCCAUCGGCGACCAUUUGCUGCGCCCCCACGGCGUCAUCCCAGACCCAGAGGUCUCCACCUGCAGGCGUGGCCCCGGCGACGACUUUCUGAUUCUCGCCACCGACGGCCUGUGGGGCGCCGUAUCAUGCGACGAGGCCGCCGCCGUCGCGCGGCGCGCGGUCGAGCGCGGCGAGGCCGCGGGCCUACCACGCGCGGCGGCGCUGCGGAUCGCGCCACGGGCGCUGGCCAAGCUCGCGCUGGCUCGGGGUGGUACAGACAACGUGACGGCGGUCGUGGUCGACCUGCGGGGCCCCGCGCCGGACCCCACGGCCGCGCCGCCCGUGGCGCCCGCGGGCGCCGCGGCGCUGGAUACCGCGGCGGCGGGCGCGGGGGCGGCGGCGCGGCUGCCGGUCGACGCGGCGGGCGGGGGCUUAUCGGCGCCAGAGGGUGGCGCGUCGGGUGCAGGGCUGAGCCUGCAAACUGUUUCGUCAACGCCGGCGCCGCUGAGCCCAUUCCAGUCCGCCGACCUUGCUGCGCUCGCCCCCGGCUCGGCCCCAGGACAGCAGCAGCAGCAGCAGCAGGCGGCCGCUUCGCCGAGUGUGCGCGCGCGUGCUCUGCUCGAGCUGCUGCGCACGUGGACCGUGCCGGCGCGCGCCGGGGCCGCGGGCGGCAACACUGUCACCACAGGCGUCCAGCCACGCGCGGGGGCGUCCGGCGAGCUGCGGCUGCUGGCUGCUAAGCUGCUGCUGCAGCAGCAGCAGCAGCAGCAGCCGACACAGAUGCAGCACUAG